AAAAUGCAAUAUAAAGACAAGACUUACACAAUUCUGUCUUUUGUUCCAAAUUUAAAUCUAACUAAAGCAAUUGUUUCAAGCAAUAAAGAAUCUCAAUAUCGUCAUUCUUAUUUUGCAUAUUUUUUCAUUUAUGAUUUUAUUACAAAAGAAAUCGAGCCAUUAAAACUCAGUGAAAACGACGGGAAAGAAGAAAUGCUUAAACUAAGCUAUGCAAAUUGGUCACCAUUAGGAAAUUAUAUUUACUAUAUUUACAAUAAUAACAUUUAUCUUAAAGAUAUUUCAAAUAAUAAAGACCUCCAAGUAACUAAUGAUGGUUCUGAAAACGUAUUUAAUGGGAAGCCUGAUUGGGUGUAUGAAGAAGAGGUAUUGGCCACUGAUAAUGCCAUCUAUUGGUCUCCCAAUGAUGAAAAUUUUAUUUUUUUAAAAACUGAUGAAACUGAUGUGCCAGUGUUUCAAUUGGAAUAUUAUGUUCAAGAUAACCAAGACGUUUAUCCUAAAAUCGUUGAUUUGAAAUACCCUAAACCAGGUUUUAGCAAUCCCAUUGUUAGUUUAAUCAAUUAUAAUAUCAAAUCAAAUAAAGCAGUUGAAAUCGAUCACAGCGAUAAUAAUUUGGGUGAAGAUUUCAUCUUGUAUGAUUGCAAAUGGAUUGAUAAUAAAAAUGCAAUCAUAAAAGAGACUGAUAGAGAAAGUAAUCAAUUAAACAUAAGAAAUUUUAAAAUUCUUGGAAAAGAAGAAGAUGACAUUUAUACCUAUUCCAAUGAAAUUAUUAGAAAAGUUAAUGCUGUUGAAGAAUUUGGAGGAUGGAUUGAAGAAACUUCUGAUUUGUUAGUAAUUCCACCAAACCAUGAGCAAGAUCGAAAACAUUAUGGUUACGUUGAUGUUAUUGUUGAUGAAAAUGGGUUUAGACAGCUAGCAUAUUUUGAUCAAAUUUCAAACGAAAAGCCUAAGAAGAUAUUAACGAAUGGUAAUUAUGAUAUUAUCGGCGGUGGAUUGGCAUUUAAUUAUGAAAAAAAUAAAAUAUAUUUUUUAUCAGCAAAAAAAUCUUCAAUAACAAGACAUCUUUACACAAUUUCGUUAAACGGUGACGACCUUCAAGCUAUCACAAAUGAUAAGGUGGAUGAAUGGAAUGAUGUUAAAUUAUCGCCAAAUGGUAAUUAUUUAUUGCUUUCUAAUAGAGGACCAAGUGUUCCAACCCAAAAGCUUUUCAAUAUAAAUGAGGACUUUGAUUUAGAAAAGGGGAAUAAUUUAGCGACUAGUGAUACAACAAUUAAAUACCUUAAAAAGUUUCAAGUGCCAAAGCACACAUUUCUCGAGUUUGAAGUUGACGAAGGAGUCAAAUGUCAUGUUAAAGAAAUAUUGCCAACUAGUUAUUUUGAUAAUGAGAAAAACAAGCAAAAUAAUAAAACAUACCCUCUAUUGGUCAAUGUUUAUGGUGGGCCGGGAUCUCAAACAGUUGAUGUUCUGUUCAACAUAGGAUUUGAAGAUGCAGUUUCAAGUUCUUUGGAUGCAAUCGUGUUGCAAAUUGAGCCCAGGGGGACUGGAGGUAAUGGAUGGAAAUACAAGUCUUUUGCCAAAAACCAAAUUGGAUACUGGGAACCCAGAGACAUUGUGAACAUUGUUGAGCAGUACAUUAAAAGCCACGAGGGCCUCGUUAAUACCGAAAGAACAGCGAUCUGGGGCUGGAGUUAUGGUGGUUUUACAACACUAAAGACGUUGGAGUACGACGCAGGAAAGACCAUCAAGUAUGGAAUGUCGGUGGCUCCAGUUACAAACUGGCUAUUUUACGACUCGAUAUACACCGAGAGAUAUAUGGACUUACCCAAGAACAACGAAAAGGGCUACCGAGAGAUAUCGGUGAUCAGCGAAUUGGAGAACUUCAAAAGCGUCAAGAGGUUUUUGAUAAUGCAUGGCACAGCUGACGAUAAUGUUCAUUUCCAAAACAGCCUUGACUUGAUUGACAGAUUCAAUCUAAAAACUGUGGAAAACUUUGACUUGAAGUACUUCCCAGACAGCAAUCAUGGGAUAUUCCACCAUGGGGCCAACAAAAUCGUGUACGACAAGCUAUUCAAGUGGCUUUCAGAUGCUUUUGCAGGCGACUUU